AUGGAGGCGUUACCUCUUCACAAGGUGGCUUUAAAUUUUAAUGUCAAGGUUGAUUUUAUUAAAAGUGUCUCAGAAUUCCAAGUAUUUGAUGAUAGAUUUAGAAAUAAAUUAUUUGCACCGGAAACAUCAUGUGGAGCUAGGAUUUCUGGAGGGAAAUAUCCAUUCGUGGAGGUGCAAGAUUCAGGUUCAUCAGAUGAUGAUGUUAUUGAUAUUCCUUGUAACGGACCUGGAUGUACAGCAACUUUCACUAGUCACCACGCUUUCUUGAAAGAAACAUGA